GAUGACCUCCUCCUGCUGUCCAUUUCUCUCCUGCUGAUUUCCUCUUCCUGUGAUUCUCUCUCGCACCAGCUUCUCUAUCGGACGACUCACCCCCGCACUGAGUGGGAUUGAGAGAGAGAGAGAGAGAGAGAGAGAGAGAGAGAGAGAAGCUGAGCGAUAUUAUCUCUCUCAAUGUCUCUGUGGCAGAGAGAAUAUCCUGUGAGUCUUACCCGUCCAGACCAUCUUCAUGAAGAACGACUUCCAGAACAAACAUGGAGCACUUUAACUCCUCCCACUUCCUGACCAGGCCGUCAGAGCUGAGCAGCCGCUUCACCCACCAGGUGCUCCCGGCCCUCUACCUGCUGGUGUGUCUGGUGGGCGUGGUCCUCAACGUCCCGGCCGCCUGGCUCCUGCUGCGCGUGCCCAGCGAACGCUCCCUGGUGGUGUACCUGAAGAACAUGGUGGGGGCCGACCUGCUCCUCCUCUCCACCAUCCCCCUCAAGGUGGGGGCGGAGCUCAGGAUGGGGGGGCGGGGCCUGCAGGUGGCCGUGUGUCGCUACAGCGCCGUCCUCUUCUACUCCUCCAUGUACGUGGGCAUCGUGUUCAUGGGCCUCAUCAGCCUGGACCGCUACGUCACCAUCACCCGGCGCACCUCCACCUCCUCGCUCCUGCACAGGGUGGGCGUGGCCCGCCUCCUGGCGCUGGUCACAUGGUGCCUCCUGCUCCUCAGCGUGCUGCCCAACGUCCUGCUGACCAGCCGCUACCCCCUCCCCAACUCCUCCGUCUCCUGCAUGGAGCUGAAGACGCCCCUGGGCCUGCAGUGGCACCGCGCCUCCACCCUGAGCAGCGUGGCGCUCUUCUGGGCCACGCUGCUCCUCCUCUGCUCCUGCUACGCCUCCAUCGCCCGCCGCGUCUUCCGCUCCUCCCGCCGCGAGCGCGGCGGGGGCCCGUGCCGGCGCUCGGGGCGCAGCAUCGUGGUGCUGCUCCUGGUGUUCCUGCUGUGCUUCGUGCCCUACCACGCCUGCAGGGUGCCCUACACGCUGAGCCAGACGGCCGGGGCCGGCUUCAGCCAGCACACGCGCUACGUCCUCUUCCAGCUGAAGGAGGCCACGCUCCUGCUGUCCUCCGUCAACGUUUGCCUGGACCCCCUCAUCUACUUCUUCAUGUGCAGGAGCUUCAGGGAGUCACUGCUGAGGAAGAUGGCUGGAGGGGGACAGAGGAGGAGAGCAGGGGAGAGGAGGUGAGAGGAGGAGAGGAGAGGCAAGGAGAGGAGAGG